AUGUCAACAGAAGUAGCAGAACCCCCUCUUUGGUGCCAUAGCGAGUCGGCUUAUCUUAACAGCAUCACGAUGCACACAGCCGAUGGAAAGGAGGUGACUAUAAAUCCUAGAGCAGCCAUGUAUCAAAUGACAAUUGAGCAGGUAAAGCAUCACCUUGGUGGUGUUGCUUUUGCGCAGGACCCAUGGCCUAUCAGAGAAUAUACCAGUCAAUCCAUCGAAGAACAAUGGAGACACAUUCAAGAAGCUCGUGUAGCAGCUGAAAUAGCACGUAAAGAAGCUAAAUUAGAACGCGAAGUAGGUAUAAAAGCACGCAGAGAAGCACGCAAGGCAGCCAAAAUAGCACGCGAAGCAGCUAAUCAUCUUGCUGCCGAGGAAGCCGCUCAGAAAAUACAAAACGAAAAUCCAUUUAUCCUACCUUUCAUGUUGUUCUCACUAGCACCGGACGACACCGACAUAGAAAUGCCUUUAGAAUGGCAACAAGAAGUCGAAGAAAUGAUGGCUCCAUUGAAACAAAAAUGGGCUGAAGAAGACCGCGCUAAAGCCGCCCAAUACCAAUCUGCAAUUACAGCCGCGGACCAAGUUCUAGGAGCUGACUUCUGGACUCAGUGCGAGGAAGAUGUUGACAUGGAAUGA